GAUGAGGACGCAUACAUUAAUUGUACGACGAAUUUGGAUUUGAAUCGUGUCUUCAUUGAUACUGUGAAAAGUUUAUUAAUCCGUCAUCGCGUUCGUAGGUCCAAACAGUACUUUAGUCAUUCAAAUAACGGAUUUGCUCUUUAAACAUGUCACAGUUUGUAGGGAAAUGGAAAGGAAAUAAAGCGUCGAGGAAAAAUUUUGAGGAGUACUGCAAAAUGACUGGGGUUCCUGAUUUGGUCGAAAAGUAUCGUAAUGCCACUACAACGGUUGAAUAUGAAAAGGAAGACGAGAACUGGACCAUGACCGUCAUAUCAGAUGCAAUGCCAGCACCGCGGGUAUACAAGUAUAAAUUAGGAGAGGAAUGCGUUUCUCAAGACGCACAAGGGCAAGGUAUUAAGUUUACAGCUGUUAUCAAUUCUGAUGGGAGCAUGGUAGAUUCGAGUAGCUUCGAAAGAAUGGGAUGGAAACCAACUACAACCACAAGGAAAGUUAACGGCAAUAAAAUGAUUGUGGAAACUAAAACUGGAGAUGCUACCAUGUCGUAUGAAAUGGACAAAGUGUAAAUUAUACAAUUUAUCUUCGGUGUGUUAAUGCUGAAAAACUUGGUGAUUUACGCAGUGAAUAUACGACAAAGACUCUUGAUAUUUUGAUGUUUGCAAAUGAACAAUCUCUGAGUAAAAUAAAAAUAUGUCUGGUUAUAUUGAUUUUACCAGUUUUCUUUAAAAUGCACAUUCUGUUA